AUGGCCAUGAAAAUGGAUCUGAAGAUGAUCAUCGUGUGCUCGGUCGUCGGCUCUCUCGGGGUGCUGAGUGCCAUCCUGGGGUUCUCUGCCGAGGGCACCAAGCUCACUAUUUUGGACGUGUACGAGGGUAUCGGGGUGUGCCUGAAACCGCAGAACCCCGCGUUCGGGCUCGGGGUGUGCGCGGCCAUCUUCCUGGCCAUAGCCCAGAUCAUCUUCGCGGCCCUCGGCGGCUGCUGCGGCUGCUGCAAGCCCCGCGCCAUCCCCUCCCAGAGCAAACGGGUCAUCGGCGUCAUCUGCGCCGUCUUCUCAUGGAUUGUGGCGGCGGUCGCCUUUGGGAUGCUGGUGGCAGAAGCGGCCGCGAACGCCCCCGGGACGCGUGAAACGUCAGCGUCCGGCUAUUGCUACAUCCCCCUAGACGGCAUCUUCGCCGGCGGCGCCGCGCUCACGCUCGUCGCCACGGCCCUCGGGAUCACCUCCUACGUCAUGCUCCGCACGCAGCCUGCCACUGUUGCCGAGACCGCCGCGCCCAAGGAAGGCGAGCAGGUGCCGGCGGGCGCCGCCGAGAUCUCGACGGGGCAGCCGCAGUUCCCGCCGCAGCCUCCCCAGGGGCAGGCGCCGCCCGCGCCGCCGAGCUACCUGCAGUACUCUGCACCGCCCCAGGGGCAGCCGUACGACCAAGCGCCCUACCCGCCUCCUCCGGCACAGGGCUAUGGAGCGCACGCACCCAACCAGCAGUAA